CAGAUCACAGAUCACUACGUUCUUCUCCUCCUCAGACAAAGCUGGAAGAUAGAAAGAGGAAUGGAGUGCCAGUGGCUCUGGAGCCUUUUAUUACUGUUGCAAGUUUAUCACUUGAGUUCAGGGAAACAGUGGAAAGAAAUUCAAGAAAAGAUAUCGGAAGCUGUGAAAGAGUAUACUCUCUGCAGCUCUGUCAACUGCAGCUGCCAUCUCAGUGUCCUGCAACAUGACUUGGAGCUCUUUAAAGGGGGAAUCUCUGAGGACAUCAUGGCUGUUACAGUUCAGAGAGGGGUGGGCACCCACUACCAGAUCAUUGGACACAAACUGUACAGAGAGAAGAACUGCAUGUUCCCCGCUCGAUGCAGCGGGGUUGAACACUUCAUCCUGGAGGUGAUCGACCGGCUACCUGACUUGGAGAUGGUGGUAAAUGUGAGGGAUUACCCUCAAGUCCCCAACUGGGUGAAGCCAACGCUGCCCGUCUUCUCUUUCAGUAAGACCUCAGACUACCAGGACAUCAUGUACCCAGCAUGGACAUUUUGGGAGGGUGGUCCUGCUGUGUGGCCCAUAUACCCCACUGGACUGGGAAGAUGGGAUCUGAUGAGGGAUGAGCUUAAAAAGUCUGCAGCACAGUGGCCCUGGAGGAACAAAGAGUCCAAAGGAUUCUUCAGAGGCUCCAGAACCAGUUCAGAACGGGAUCCACUGAUCCUUCUGUCCAGAGAGGAUCCAGAGCUGGUGGAUGCAGAAUACACCAAAAACCAGGCCUGGAAGUCCGAGAGGGAUACACUUGGAAGACCCCCAGCUAAAGAAAUCCUGCUGGCAGAUCACUGCAAAUACAAGUAUUUGUUUAACUUCCGGGGUGUGGCAGCAAGCUUUCGCCUCAAACAUAUCUUCCUCUGUGGUUCCCUGGUCUUUCAUGUGGGGGAUGAAUGGCAGGAGUUUUUUUACCCUCAGCUCAAGCCCUGGGUCCACUACAUCCCUGUCAAGCAGGAUCUUUCAGAUGUCAGGGAGCUUUUAAAAUUUGUGAAAGAGAAUGAUGCAACCGCACAGGAGAUCGCCGCAAGAGGCCAGCAAUUCAUCCUCCAGCACCUGCGAAUGGCAGACGUCUCCUGCUACUGGGAGAGACUCCUCACCGAGUUUGGCCGACUUCUCACCUACAAACCAAAGAGAAGGAACAGCUACAGCCAGAUUGUCCACAAACCCAGCAGAACCGAGCUGUAAGGCAGAACCAGGGAGGUGAAACUCCAGGUCAUGAAUGUACCUGCUGCAGCGUGCAGUUUAUUUACAAGGAUGCUGUCAGUUUUUGUUAAGAAUCUAUUUUGAAUCUAUCUAUCUCCAAACGUCUUCUGUAGUGCAUGUAUUUCAUGCUGCCCCCUGUAGAAUAAGAGCAAUAAAACGUUAACGCAGUGGGUUAGGCACAAAUAAAAACACUCACAACCCAUAUAAAAAUACAACCAACAGAGCGGAACCAAUCUGCCUUCUCUAACGUGUGCUUUAGACCUGGACCCGUGGUUAAAAUAAUAUCUAACUGAGGCAUCUGUUAAGGUUUUGGGGGUCCUCCUUCACCCCUUUCUGCCCCUGUCAGCUCAUUUUGCUCCAAGAAGAGACUCCUGUAUCAUGGCUAACAACAUCCGUGUUAGUUGUUUUUAUAUUUUUCCUUUUCUUUAACUCUGUAAAGGGGCAUUUCUCAGAUUUUACACAGCAACAAGAAGCCCUCAACCUUUAAAAAGUGGUGAAUAGGUUCAUUUUUCAUUUUUAAAGCGGUGCUGAAAAAGCGUGUAAGAUGGAUUAUUACCACAUAUUGAAAGUCUAUUAAAAAAUGCAUCAGGCUCCAUCAUAAAAGGUGGAAUAUACAUUAAAAAGAAUUAAAUUCAGAGUUUUAGUUCUUUUAUACUGUCUCCCUAAAAAGAAAUCAAACCAUAGCUUCACGUACGGGGACGUUAAAGUCUUGGAGCAUCUUUUCAUCAUGCAAAAAAUUUGCAUUAAUUACUUCUAGACAGGUAUUUAGCUGCUUUUCAUGUAAACCAGAAUUGUAACAUGACACAUUUUUAUAGAUAUUAGUUGGACAGCUGAUAUUUAUAGAAAGUUAAUAGACUGCUGGCAAUAUAACACCUUAAAACUUGAAGUUCUUCAUAGUUUAGACGGUCGACAGCUUCUUAGAUGGAGAAUUAUCAUUAGAUGUGCUUUAUUGAAGGUAUAUUUGUUGUUAUAGAGGAAGAACAACUAUUGUUGCUCCAUCAUGGAAAAUAUAAUGUGCAUUGAUUAGUAUUCGGCUCCAUCUCCAUCCUGUAGGCUUUUUGUUGCGCUGGCAGAGUGGAGGGAAAGCCUACGCUGCCCUCUAGUGGUACAACGCUUCAAUGAUAAUCUGUUAAGGAUUUAAUACUUGAAAACACACAAAGAAGACAUUUCAUUUACUGCAAAGUGCCAAAAGUAAGCAAUACUAUUCAGAAAUACACUUUUUUCUUUUAAGUUUGGAGCUUCAAUAAGAAAGGUUAAAAAAGAAAGCAGUCUUGUGUUUUAUAGAGAUGAAAAUUAUGUAGUUGAUGCAGAAUUAUGUUGAAUAUGUUGUAGUAUUCACAUUUAAUGUCAGCAAGCGGAUUCACUAAUGUAAGGUUGUGUGUUUUUGUACUGUUUGUAACUGUGGUCCAUUAGUUCGCAAAUUUGAUCACAAUGGGAAACUUUUUUUUUUAUUUUAAUAAAUAAAAACUUGUCAAAAACAUUCUUGAGCUUUUUUUAAAUGUAGUUGGAGCCUUUGUUUUUAUAACGGAUGAAAUAAUAAACAGCUACCUUAGCUCUCAG